UAUUUAAAGAUCAGUGUUAUGCAUCUCACACCCGUCAGUUAGCAUCGGACAGCAGACGAGGGAAGAUACUCUGCUCCUCUAUCGGCUGGUUCUGUUGCUGCUGGUGGAUUCGUGACCCUCCCUGCCUCCCUCCCUUCCUUCAUCCCUUCUGCAGCAUGGCCCGCGGAUAUGUGUCCCUCCUGGUGGCUGUGGUGGUGGUGGCUGGGGUGCUGCACGCCCCGACUCCUGUACAGGGGUUCGACUUCUCCGCCAUACUGUCCUCCGUGGCCGACACCGCGAUAAAUCGCUUGUACGUGGACCGCGAGAUCAACAUCGUGGACCACUAUUGCACCCUCAACCGCAGUCCACACUUCUACAGGUGGGAGCUCAAGUGGCGCGCGACGGUUACCUGCCCGGGAUGGACGCCGAUCAAGGGAACAGCCAGGAACUACUACAGCCCCAACACGGCCGAGAGGGAGGCCACGCGGGACUUCGUGAGGAAGGCGGUGGAUCGCGGCCUGAUCGAGAAGGAAGACGUAACCGAGUGGCUCUGAGGUGCUGCGUUGUUUUAUCUUAAGUCUAUAUAUACCUAGUCAAGUCAUACGCAGGUUUAUGGAAGGAGACACGGCAGAGGCGUGGUUUAUGCGUGACGUUACUUUGAGCCAAACUAGAGAAUGUAGAAACAGGGAUUUAGAGAAAACGACGGAAGACGGACUAAUUUGAAUCAAUCACUUUAACAUACCCUCCCUCACACACCCGUUUGUAGGCAUUGGAAUUACAGUCACGCAAUAGCACAAUAAAAAGACAUUUUUUCGUCAGUGGCUUGCCUGAACGCGCUGUGAAAGAAGGCGAGAAUGCACAUCCAGAGUGUACAUACGGCCCCAAUUUUAGUCACCCCUGAACUGGCGGGUAUUUUUUUUUUUUUUUUUUUUUUAUAGCUCCAAGUGACGUCAUCCCACUGCUCCGCCCCAAAACCGCCUCCUGCGCGUACCGGUCGCAGUUUGGAAGCAGAGUGACUUGACCUGGUAUAUAUAGACUUGGGUUUUAUCUACAGAAGGCGCCGCUUGGGUACACGCCAAUAGACAAAGACAGCGAAACAAACAUUAGUAACCGCUAGUAGACAACGACAGACAAGCAAGCAGUCACAUUAUAUAGACAGGUUUACAGUGCUUUAUUUUUGUGAUCAUUGCUGUUUUUUUAUUGUUAUUAGUAUUAUUGUUUUCAUGUUCUUGUGUUUGUUUAUAUAAAGACUCCUCCCCAGAAAAUACUGUUGCCAUGUAGAGUAGCUUAACACACACACACACACACACACACACACACAUCAACGCCACCCGCCCCAACCACACCCUCCAGGCCCACAACCUUGACCUCUCCAUCUCUAUCUCCCAACCACGCCCCUUCAGCCACAUCUCCUAACUCUUCACGCCUCACUCCCACACCGCCACACCGCCGCACCGCUGGCCACACCCUAUGUCCUUAUAC